ACGAUUUUUUAAUACUUUUUUUUAUAAUAAACUGACUUAUAAUCUUUUUCUAUUCUUAAGUGAAUUCAAUUGAAUUAAACAUUUAGAAAAUAUUAGUUCUGCUGAUACAUUACAAUCUGAAGAAAGUAACGACAUGGAGCAAAACCACCCAGACAUAGAGACUAUAGAAGACAUAAGGGAACAAAUACUAACCGAUAAAGAGAAGGAAGAGUUAUACAGACUGUUGAGAAUUGAGGAGAAAAGAAUGGCCGCAGAGCUGAAAGCUCAAAAAGAAUUGAAAAAGGAACAACAGAAACUACUUGACAUAGAAGAAAAACUAAGAUUAAAAGAAGAAAAAGUUAGAUUGAGAGAGGAACACAAAGAGGAACAGAAUAAGUUAAGAUUAGAAAAGGCAGAACAGAAACGGAGGGAUAUGCUAUCAAGAGAACAGGAGAAAUAUAAAAAAUUAAAAGAAAGAAAACGUGCUGAAGAAGAAGCGGUACAAAGAAGAAAAGAAACGGCUUUAAAAGGAAUGCAAUAUUUACUCAAUAUUAGUGAGAAGUAUUCCGAUUUUUUUAGAGAUAAACUCAUUCCUGAAACAGAGGGAGCCAGUAAAGUUCUACAAGACAAAAAUAAACUGCAACCAACCGUUUCAGAUAUGAAACAAGCUGCCGACAGAAAAUCUGAGAAAACUGCAAGUAAAGGGGCCAUUAAGAAACAAGUUUCAGAUACUAUUGAUGUGAUGAAAAUGCUAAAUUAUUUUGUUGGAGGUGAACUAAGGCAGUAUCAAAUUGACGGUGUGAAGUGGAUGAAUACCCUAUUUGAAAAUGGAAUCAAUGGAAUAUUAGCCGACGAAAUGGGCCUCGGAAAGACCGUCCAAAUUAUAGCCUUGAUCUGUCAUCUUAUGGAAAGAAAAAUACCGGGACCGUAUUUAGUAAUUGCCCCCCUUUCGACAAUACCAAACUGGGAAUCGGAAUUCGAAAGAUUUGCUCCCAGUGUGCCGGUUUUUGUAUUUCACGGAAGCGAACAUGACAGAAAAGCACAAUAUUCAUCGUUAAUGAAGAAAUAUGCUAUUGGAGAUUUUAAAACGCAAGGCGUUAUUUUGACCACUUAUCAAGUACCGUUGUUGGAAUUCUCGUUUCUGAGUAAAUUUCAGUGGCAAUAUAUUAUCAUUGACGAAGGCCAUCGGAUAAAAAACCACGAAUCCAGACUCGCAGUAAAUCUACGUAAAUUAGAUUCUGCUAAUCGACUUCUAUUGACUGGUACACCUAUCCAUAACAAUAUUACAGAAUUAUGGUCUUUACUGCAUUUCUUGAUGCCACAUAUAUUUAAUAAUGUUGACACUUUCGCGUCCCUUUUGAUGUUACAGGACAUGGACGAUGAAAACAAAUUGCUCGAACAAGAGGAAAAAACGAAUUUAAUAUCGACUCUUCAUCGAGUUUUGGAACCAUUUGUUCUAAGACGACUCAAAAAAGACGUUUUGGGCGAUAACGUACCUAAAAAGGAAGCGAACAUUUAUUGUCAACUAUCGAAACUACAACGUGACCUGUACUCCUAUGUCCUUAAUAAAAAUCUUACGUCGCUGUUCAGAAUAGUCGAAGAACCUUUAGGACCACGUAGGAAAAGAAAGUUAGUAGAAUAUCUCGAAGAUUCGGACGACGAUUUUUCUGACGAAGAACCAAAAAUAGCAAACGCGCAAGCGCUCAAGUCAAACAAGAAAAUAGAGAAGGAACAGGCCCAAUUUGCAAUACGCUUAACGAUGGGCAAUCCUAUGAUGAUGUUCAAAAAAAUCGUCGAUCAUCCUUACCUCGUGCAUUUCCCCUUAGAUCCGGACGCUCCUACGAAAAGUCUCUUAAUUAACGAAGAUUUAAUUACUAGCAGCGGUAAAAUGAUAGUCUUGGAACAAAUGUUAGAAAGACUAAAAGAAAAUGGUCAUAAGGUUUUGCUAUUUAGUACAUUGGUGAUGACUUUAGAUCUAAUUGAAGAAUUUUUUAUUAUGAGAGAUUACACGUACAGGAGACUUGACGGUAGUCACAAUUUAGAACAGAGGAAAGACAGUAUUGAUAGCUUUAAUAACGAUCCUAAUAUAUUGGCAUUUCUUAUAUCAACUCGUUCAGGAGGACUAGGACUUAAUUUGGUAGGAGCGGAUACUGUCAUUUUCUUCGAUAGAGAUUGGAAUCCCCAAGUCGAUAUUCAAGCUCAGGACCGUUGCCAUAGAAUUGGACAAACAAAACCCGUAAUGGUUUAUACUUUAGUCUCAAAAGGUACCAUUGAUGAACAAAUAAUUGAAACUGGACACAAAAAAAGGUUAUUAGAGAAAGUCGUUAUUAAAGAUGGAAAAUUUCAGAAAGUGGUGGGUAAAAAAGGCGAUGCCGCAAAGUUACAAAGCGAACUGGUAGAAUUACAAAAGUUAUUGAAGGACGAUAGCCAUCAAAGACAAGCUUUGGCAUCCAUCGAAGCAAUGGAAAAAUUACUGGAUAGAUCGGAACUGUACGCCCAAAUGAACAUGAAAUAUAAACCUGUCAAAAGGAAUAAUAAUAAUAAUAUUGACGAGAAAGAAAAUAAAAUGAACUAUUGAGGAAACUUGAAAAAUGUGAUUUUAAAAAUGUGAUUUUAAAUACACUCCGCACAAAAAUUAACGCAUCAUUUCAAUUUUCUUACAAAACGUAAAAUUUUUGCAAUUUUUUUUUAAAAGUUUGGUGUCUUAUAAAUUAACUAUUUGCAUGCAAUGAUGGCAAAAAAAUAAAACUUAAGAAGGGACCAAAUAAAUUUAUUCGAUUUUUUUACAUUAAAAAAAGUAAUUUGGGUGCAAUCGAUAAAUUAAAAAAAAAAAUAAUGCUUUGUAUUACCACCCUGUGCUCUAAGUACUGUCGGACAUCGACGUGGCAUACUUAAAAUCAGGCUUUCCAUCAAUUGUUUCGGAAAAUUGUCCCAUUCCUCGGUUAGAGCAUUUUAAAGUUGAUUUAAGGUGUUAGGAACAAUUGGUCGAUUUCGUACUUGUGAUAAAUUGUCCCAGGCAUGCUUUAUUGGAUUUAAAGACUUAGAGCUGAC